CCAAACUUCAAAGAGGAAGAUCAAGUGAGGUUGGCAGCCCAAGCACCAUCUUCAAUAAUAUAAUGCCUAUUGUCAUGGACUCAACCUCUCCCGGUCUCAAUAUGGCCCAUGGGUUUGUGAGGCACAUUCAGCAGUGUCAGAUGGAAAGAAAACUCUAUGAACAGAGUCUGUCUGAUAGAAAGUUGCAGGAACAAAAUGCAGCACAGCAGCAGCAAAAUGAGUUUGGGAAGUCUGCACUGAAAAGAUCUGCUACAGAGAACAAACAGAAACAAAGACCAGAUCUCCCUUUGUAUCAGCCUCCAGGUCUGCGUUUCCGUCUGAACAGUACCAGUAGUACUAGUACCUGCUGCACCAGUGACCUGCACAUCAUGAAUGAGGAGGUGUCGUCAGAGGAGGUGGAUUUACCGAGAUAUAUUGAGGAAAUGCAGGGAAACAUAGCCAAAGCAUUAAAAAACCCAAAAAGUGUCACUGGCAUUGUUUUAGAUGAAGUGGCUCAUGCUAUAGUGAACAGGGCAUAUGAAGACACUGGUUAUUAUAAGACAGCUGCCAAGAUGUGCAAGAUAAUUACACAGAAAGAGACAGAACUGGAAAAAUAUGACGUCAUUCCCUGUAGCAGGUUCAGAUAUGCUGUGAUAGACCACUGUCAAAGACUCUAUGAUGACCAUGUCCAGAUGAGAGAGACAAACAGAAGAUUCUGGAUGGAGUAUGUCCAUUUUCUGGCAGAACUGUACCACCAGAUAAGAGAUUCUUGUGGACGUGGAAUCAGGGGGAUAUUUGAUGUCCUGUAUAAAGCUCUGAUGGUUCUGAGCAGACCUCCUUGUAUUUUUGAGCCAGAUGAGAUGGACGUGCUAUGCUCCAUCUUGCACGAGGUGGGUCAGGACCUUGAGGUGGACGAUGGUGACCAGAUGGACACUUUGAUAUGUGGUGUGCGUGAUGCGGCAUUGGAACCGCACACUGAGCCCUGGUGCAGGGGGACGCUGAUGCAGAUCUUGGAACUACGAGCAAGUCGUUGGGAGCUACCUCACCAUGUGGCACAGUUUUAUUAUGAAAACUCUGCAGAUUGAUGAUAGUAGCAUAUG